GGGCGCCGCGCGCGGAGGCUCCCGCGCCUGCCGCUGCGCCCUCCAGCCCCAGCUCCUUGCGCCGGCCCGCGCGGGUCCCUGUGGGCGCGAACCCACCAUGCAGCUGCAGUUCCGGAGCUGGAUGCUGGCUGCGCUCACGCUGCUCGUGGUCUUCCUCAUCUUCGCAGACAUCUCGGAGAUCGAAGAAGAAAUCGGGAAUUCUGGAGGCAGAGGUACAAUCAGAUCAGCUGUGAACAGCUUACAUAGCAAAUCUAAUAGAGCUGAAGUUGUAAUAAAUGGCUCCUCGUCGCCGGCUGUUGUUGACAGAAGCAAUGAAGGCUUUAAGCGCAACAUCCAACCAGCCUCGGCCAAGUGGAGACACAACCAAACGCUCUCUCUGAGGAUCAGGAAGCAAAUCUUAAAGUUCUUGGAUGCUGAAAAGGACAUUUCUGUCCUCAAGGGGACCCUGAAACCCGGAGAUAUUAUUCAUUACAUCUUCGACCGAGACAGCACAAUGAACGUGUCCCAGAACCUCUAUGAGCUGCUCCCCAGAACCUCUCCACUGAAGAACAAGCACUUCGGGACUUGUGCCAUCGUGGGCAACUCCGGGGUCUUGCUGAACAGCGGCUGCGGGCAGGAGAUUGACACACACAGCUUUGUCAUCAGGUGCAACCUGGCCCCGGUGCAGGAGUACGCCCGGGAUGUGGGGCUCAAGACAGACCUGGUGACCAUGAACCCCUCUGUCAUCCAGCGGGCCUUCGAGGACUUGGUCAACGCCACGUGGCGGGAGAAGCUGCUGCAGCGGCUGCACAGCCUCAACGGCAGCAUCCUCUGGAUCCCCGCCUUCAUGGCCAGGGGCGGCAAGGAGCGGGUCGAGUGGGUCAACGAGCUCAUCCUGAAACACCGCGUCAACGUGCGUACUGCAUACCCCUCUCUGCGCCUGCUGCACGCCGUCCGCGGAUACUGGCUGACUAACAAAGUUCACAUCAAAAGACCCACCACGGGCCUCUUGAUGUACACACUGGCCACGCGUUUCUGCAACCAGAUCUACCUCUAUGGCUUCUGGCCCUUUCCGCUAGAUCAGAACCAGAACCCCGUCAAGUACCACUAUUACGACAGCCUCAAGUACGGCUACACUUCCCAGGCCGGUCCCCAUACCAUGCCCUUGGAGUUCAAGGCCCUGAAGAGCCUGCACGAGCAGGGGGCUUUGAAACUGACUGUCGGCCAGUGCGACGGGGCCACGUAA